CAGGGACAACCGUCCACUACCCACUAGGUGGGUAGAGCUCAACGGGGAUCCAUCAAUUGGAAGACCGGCCACUAACGAAUUUGAACGAGGAAUCUUCUGGAGGAAGGAAGUCUGAAUCGGGGUCUGAAGCACAGGAAGCGAUCAACCGAAGGUCCUCCUAUGUUCCUGCAAACGGGAGGGGGUGGGAAGGGAACCAGGCAACAGUCGACACACCAGCAAAACCACAACCACCAAGCCCCACACCACCAGACGGCGCACUCGCACCACCACCACCUCCAGCAGCAGCAGUCAGUCCAGCAGCAGCAGCAGCAACCGCCGCAACAAACGCGAACGAACCUCUUGCAGCAGCAGCAGGAACAGCAACAGCAGCAGCAGCAACAGGCCCACGCCCUGUUCGUCCCGAAUCACACCGGUCUUCAUCACCACCAGCAACAGCAGUUGCUCCAACAACACCACCAGCAACAGGCGCAGCAGCAGGCGGCGGCGGCGGCGGCGGCCCAACAGCACCAGCAACAGCUCCACCAGCAGCUUCAACAGCAGCAACAACAACAAGUGCAGCAACAACAGCAACAGCAGGUGCAGGCGCAACCACACCCACAGUCGGUCAUAUUCUAUCAACCGCCGUCCUACACUAGUCACUCGGCUGCGGCAGGCAAUAGCAAUGCCGGCGGCGGCGGCGCUGCCCUCCAACUGAGCGCCGCCGCCAGCACUAGUUCUUUAGGACAUCCACAUAGCGGAGCCGGUGGCGCUGGCGGUCAUCACCAUGGAGGUAGUGUUGCAACCACAACCGGCGCCAACCUAACGCGCGCCCUGAGCAAUCCCACGCUGCCACCCCACUUUCCGCAGUCAGCUGGUCUGGCUGCUGGCGCUGCCCCCGGGGCUACUUACAUCUCGACCACUUACAUACCCUUCAACCCGACCAGUCAGCUGAUGGGCAUGCAACCGACGGUGGCGUAUACGCCCAACGGAGCCGCUGGAGCUCCAACCACGUUCUAUGCAACGGCACCUCAGCCGCCGCCUCAGCAAAAGCAGUUGCCGCCCAACAGCCAGCAGCCCGGAGGACCGCCGGGUGGAGCAGCUGCAGCAGGCCAGGCGCCUAUCGCUUACUUCGUUGGGCCGACACCCGCCAAUACGGGCACUGUGGGCAACAAUGUGGCUACCGGGGGAACAUCAGUUCGUGGCAAUAUGCGGGGUGGCCAGCGGGCGACUGCCACGCCCCAGCACAUCAGCACGCCGCCGAACUUCUUUACCACGUACGCCGCCAUGGCGCCAGCCAAUGCACCGCGUCCAGCUCCCACAGCGGUGGCGCCGAUGAUGAAUUCGCGCAACGGGCCCCUUAACGGACCGGCUGCCUUCCAUCUGCAACCGAACUUUAUGCCUGGACUGACUCUAGGAUCGCCGGCCGCUAUGGCUGCUGCGCCCAUGCUGGCUCCGGCCGGAAUGGCCGCACCGACACCUCAGCCGCCCGGCGGACUUCACACCUAUGCCCAGCACCUGCAGAACACCAGUGCCACGGCCCUGGCCGGCGUCCAAAAUGUGGCUGGUGUGCAGGCUGUGCCAACAGGAUUUUCAGCCACAUCUCUGACAAAUGCACCAGUGGGCGGAGCUCCCCAAAUGGGAGCCGGGGGCGACAAGGUGCGCCGACAUGCCAUUCCCAUCAUCCAUCCGGACACAAAAGAGAACGUGCUAGACCCCAAGAGCUCGGUCUUUAUCAAGAAGGACUCUAACUCGACACUGAUACCCAGCACAGGCCUGGACUCAGAUAGCAACAGUACCCUGUGCCUGUACCAGGCGCCUGUUCUAAUCGACUCCACCUCGGCCUCGUCCCUGCUGUCGGGGGCCCUGGUGGACCAGCAGAUGCAGACACUAGCCGUGAAGGCACCCGACGUGCCACUCUCCCAGCCAGCUUCAGCGGAGAAGCUCCCUGGCAUACUAUUCGGCAGCGAUACGGCCGCUGACCCAGAUGACGGAACUGCGAAUCCGGUCAUCCCCACCACAGACAAGGAUCAGAUCAGUGUUAUUGUUAAGGACAUUUUGGCCCACUCGGGCAAUACAGAAGAACACCUCAGCUUUUGGCAGUACAGCGAUGUGGACAAUGCCACCGACAGCCACGUUAGCCUGCCAUUGGUACACAAGGAGUUGAACUUGCCGGAAGCUAUUGACGCGGGACCGCAGCCCGUUUUAUUCCAAGAACCACCCAAGAAACAGCGCCCCAAAUCUGCAAACAAGCAAAGUACCGCCACACCCACAUCCAUAGCGAAUGACGUUGCUGAGGCUGCGGCCAGUGGCUGCUCGGGCAUCUCGAUACUACCCAGAAGCCAGCCGAUGCUGACUCCAUCGUCGCCAGUUUCGUCGCCAGCUCCGCGUCCCGCCACACAGAAGCCAACCAAGUCGAUAGCUACGACUGCGGUUCCGGCGCCAGCGGGCUCGCCCAGCAGGAAGACAUCCACUACAACAAGUUCGGGCGCCUCCUCGUCGGCCGCCUCCACACCAACCCAUCAACCCAGAACACAGCAACAGCAGCAGGAACCAGCCAAACAACAACAGGUGUCAGGAACUGUUGUCCACGCAUCAGGCCCCGGAGCCAGAGCCUACACAGCUGCAUCGCCGGCUCCACCAGCCCGCGUCUCGGCUGCAGUUAACCUACUGGCCGGCACUGCCAUUCCGGCAAACACUACCAACAAUUCAAACAACACGAAUCCGAACAACACGGGCAACAAGAAGCAACGCAAGGCCCAGAAACGGGCCAAGGAGCUUGAAAAGAAGAAACAGAAAUCGACCAUAACCAACACCACUGGUAUCCAAAAUCAAAACAACAAUGGCAAGGGCAAUGGCAAUGGCAAUGGCAGUGUCGGCCCGGCCGAGAACAAUGCGAACACAAACAACAACAUUAGUGCUCCAAAUUCAACAACAACACAGAACGCAACGGUGACAGGAAAAGCGGCAGCAGCAGAAGCCGCUCCCGAAGCAACAACCAAACAAGUUACGACGCAACCGACGACUGAUAAGCUUAGUGCAACUAGUAAUAAUCCUAGCGUAAGUUCUAGUCUAAGAGACAACCAAACACAGCAACCACAACCCCUGCCCAACGCAAAGGAGCAGAUGACAUGCAUCAACAAUAACAAUGAUGAGGACCUCAUUGAUGAGGCGGAUGCAGAGAGUGACGUAGAAUCGGAUAGCAAGGAGGACAGCAUGUCACAUAGUACGGAAAACAAGACGGAAAAGCACAUGGCAACAGACGAGAUUGUAGCGAAAUUUUUACAAAAGGGAAGCGCCAACACAACCGCGACUUUCUCCGAAUCUCAGCUGCAGUUCCUCAACAGCAGCAGUUCUGUUUGCGAAGAGGAUGACCCAAUUCCAUCAGCCAAACCUUCAAGUGUCAGCGUCGCCCUGAGCGAGGAUAACUCGUUGGGCGAGCUUAAGUUUGGAGAUUUUAGCGAGGAGACCCGCCACGACACCGGUUUCAUAUGCAGCUCAACAUGGUCCAGUUCCACACUUAGCAAGGCUGCCGAAGAUGCAUCGUCUCUGAGCAGCAAGAGUACAGACAAUGUGGACUGUGCCCCCCAGAUUGCGAAGGCACCGAUUGUGGCCGAAAAGAGUGCUGGAAGCAAAAAGAGCUCGCCCCUUCAUCAGGUAGCCAGCAAAGGAUCAAGCUCUGGGUCACCAAAACCGAAGCAGCAACCAAAAACUAAAUCGAAGAGCCCCAGCCCAACUCCCAAACCGAAUCCUGAGAGGAACUAUCGUUAUAGCAUCGAAAAGCUGCGCGAGUUAUCCAAGCUGAGCGACUCUCGAAAGCCACCAAUGGUGCCGUGUCAGAAGGGGGAUUGCAUUUCGCAGUUGUUUGUCUCCCGACAGCAACAGCAGCAGCAUCACGGACACGGCCAGCAUAUACAACAGUACCAGCACAUGAACUUUAACGAAUCACUGGACUAUGUGCCGGGCAAGCGUGGCCGCGGGCAUGGUGCCAACAAGAAGCAUCACGACGGACACCAGCAGAUGGGUGGCUCUGGCGGCAUGGGCAACAUGGGUGGUGGUGGCGGCGGUAGUGGAGGCAGCGGCGGCGGCCUAUCCAACUCCAAUCAACGCCACAUGGACAUCAUUCGUGUGCAGUUGUCGCUCAAGGAGGAGAUUAAGUUAUCCGAAUGCGAGAAUGCCUGGCAGCCAGAGACGCUGCGUCGAAUGUCCAUGGCUACGGGCCAGGACGAGGACAAUGAUGUCGAGGGCGUGAUUAAGAAAGUGCGCGGCAUACUGAACAAGCUCACUCCGGACAACUUUGAGGUUCUCCUUAAAGAGAUGUCCAGCAUCAAGAUGGACAAUGAAGCAAAAAUGACAAAUGUCAUGUUGUUGAUAUUUGAGAAGACCAUUAGUGAGCCAAACUUUGCACCAACCUACGCCCGCUUCUGCAAGGUUCUCUUCCACGAGAUCAAGGCCGAAAACAAGUCGCUGUUCACGAGCUCGUUGAUAACCCGUAUCCAGCAUGAAUUCGAGUCAAAUGUGAAUGAUGCGAACGCCAAGGCCAAGAAGCUGCAGCCGACAAUGGACCGCAUUAAUCAGUGCACCGACGCAGCCAAAAAGGCAGAGCUGCGAUCGGAAAUGGAGGACUUGGAAUACCAAUUCCGUCGCCGAGCCUGGGGCACUGUGCGAUUCAUAGGCGAGCUCUUUAAGCUUCAAUCGCUGACCAGCGACCGGGUGCUCAACUGCGUGGAGUCACUGCUCGAGCACGGAUGCGAGGAGAAGCUGGAAUACAUGUGCAAGCUGCUGACCACCGUUGGCCAUUUGCUGGAAGCCGCUCUUCCGGAGCAAUACCUACUUAGGGAUCGUAUUGAGAAGAUCUUCCGCCGCAUUCAGGAUAUUGUGAACAGAUCUCGUGGAACAUCACACCGUCAACAAGCGCACAUCAAGAUCAGUAGUCGCGUCCGGUUCAUGAUGCAGGACGUUCUCGAUUUACGAUUGCGCAACUGGGAUCAGCCGGCAGGAGGGAAUCAAUCGCAAGGUGGCCGGAAUCAGCGGCACAAGCAGCACGACGAUUCCAAGGACCAACAGCAUCACAGUACCGGUGGGAAUCGCGGAGUCAACCAACACCAGCAACAAAUGCAUCAUCAGACACAGCAGAAGCAUCACCACCAUAACCAGCAGCACCAUCACGGUCAGCAGCACGGUGACGACAGGGGUGGCGGUGGCGGCAACUACUUCAUGCAGAAGAUGCCCAAACAACAACAGCACGAAAACCAAACGCUCAGCAUCGAUCCCAGCAAGCUGCGCUUCAGCAGCAGUAGCCUCUCCAGCGAAGACACGCCCGCCAAGCUGGGCAACUCCUCGAAUUAUCAGUGGCGCAACGCAAGCAACCGGCCGGUAGGCAGCACCCCCGCCAACAAUCCGCCGCCACCUACUUCACUGCUUAAGCGCCUACCCACUCCUGGUCAGAACUUUAGCUACUCGCCGUACCAGCAGCCUUCUUCCUCUAUAGGCGCAUCCCAACCACCUGCCAGUGGUAACAGGAGUCAUGCGGGUGAACAGCAGAACUCCUCUGAUAACGGCUUCGAUACCAAGCAAUGCCAGGAGCUGAUCACCAAGCUGGUGGAGGAGGCUUUGAAUACGCGCGAUUGGCAAGCGGAAGUGCUUCCUAUCUGGCGUUCCCACAACGGGAAACAGCAGGCAAAGGCAUUGCAUUACUUGCUGAUGGACUACCUUCAUCGGUCGACAGUGAAGCGGCAGCAGAGGCAGGCAAGCGCCACUGUAUUCUCCUACUUGAUGAGCAAGGAUGCCGUGGAUAAGGCAACAUUCGGACAGGCAUACACACGGUUCGGCGAAGACUUUCCAGAUUUGUUAGUGGAUGUACCCAAUGGUUGGGGGUAUGUGUUCGAGUUCUUGGGACCGUUGCUGCACUCUGGCAGACUGAGUCUCAAGGAUAUUUGGCAGCGGCGCUGGUUGGAAAAUCCGUCGUUUACGGAGCGCUUUGUGUUUGCCUUUGUGAACUAUUUUGUGCAGGAGUUCGGUGCCGCCUACGCCCGCAAGCUGUGGCACAACGAGUACAAGCUGGACCGCGGUCAGAUGUUCUGGAGUGAUGGACGCAAGUAUCGGGACUUUGUGCAGGCGCAUAGUUUUUACUUUCUGGACAAUGGACCCGCACAGCAGCAACAAAGCCAGGGAAAAUCCAAGGGACCCACAGCCAUCCGUUCGCCGGUGGAACAUGUGGAGCGAAUUCGAUACCUAUUGGGUCUGUCGUGCGACAUGGCCAUCGACUACAUCAACACAAAUGUGGCCAUUAACGCCAACUUUGUGAGGCAGCUCACGAAAUUUCUUUGCUGUGAUUUUGCGCUAACUGUGAUGACUAACACCCACAAUAAGAAGCAGCCGCUGCAGCUCAACACGGAGAGUUUUCGCAGCCGGUGCACACCGCUGUUGCGUCUUUGCAUCGACGCCCAAGAGGCGCUGGAGAUCGCGUGCAUUGACGAGGCAGUGGACUCGCUACAGCAGCACUUUAUGGCGGAGUUCGAGGACGAGAUGGCCGCUGGCGAGACCAUCUGUAGUACGUUCAGUGUGCUCUAUGACAGCGAGGUGAUACCCAAGGAGUCGUUCGACAAGUGGUAUAAGCUGGAGAUCGAGCACUCGUCCGCCUACCGUCGUCCGUUUAUCGACAAACUUCGUGGUUUCAUCGAGGAAAUGUAGAUGAAAUAGAGACGACGUCCAUACACACAACAAUAACAGAAAAAAAACUGCAAAAACCAAACGAGGAGAAACGAAAAAAAAAGUAUAAUUUAAACAAACCUCUAACUACACCACAACGAAGCAAAAAGUAUGCAGCUUAAUCGUGUAGGAAACACAUCGUUUGGAACACAUCCUCAGACCAGGCGCGGUCGUAGGUGUCAAGUGGACAUUAUCGUGGAGUCUAACGAUCUGUCUAAAAUUUUGCUUGUGCAUCGUGUUAUCCGUGCAGCAUCCUACAGACAAACACGUCGAUACACACAAAACCCAAAACACAUAAGACACACAUAUACCCAUUGUUUGUUGUGCGGUGAUUUUGAUGAUGAUAUGUCAAGAAGAAAAUUCCUUGUUUUUUCCACACAGAUUUCUUAUGCAAGCCGAACCUUCAAGUCUUCAAGUCACACACCAAUAUCAUUUCAUUUGUAUCACAACACGUUCCUUACGAGAAAGAAAAAAUAAUUCCCUUUCGAUGACUUUGUCAUGUUUCAACACAGACAACAAAUAUUUACACUUAAUCGUAUCAAAUGAAUAAAUAUUACAAAAAAAAACAUAAUAAUAAUUCAAUGGAAUCUCCGAUGAUGAAGUAUUUUCGAGGAAUAACAUCUGGAAUAAGCAUUACCCAAUAAUACAGGGUAUGCAGCGCAUAUUGAUGUAUAAUUACAUAUAGAAUAUUCAUUUUCGUAAACUACAGUAUUUCGUAAAAAUCAUUUAAAUAAAUGCGGACAUCAUUUACAUAUAUAGGCCUAGCUUUGUAGCUUAGCGUACUUUUCUAGACUUUAAAGGAAUUUUUGUUUAUUUUACCUUUCAGUACAAAGCUUUGUGAAUUCAAAUUCAGUUCUUUUUACGAUUUUUUUUGUGAGUUAUAAACUAUAACCAAUUAUAAUUUAUGUAUCUUCAAUUUCAAAUGUAAAAGGCUCAAAAAAUAGGCAAAAAUAUCCCCUCUUCCUAAACAGAUCUGUAUUUCAAAUCUCAAUUCCGCGACUUAUUGUGCGAUUCGGAAUAUUCACUUAUAUAUUAAAACAGUAUAUAUAUAUAUAUAUAUAUAUAUAUAAAUUAUAAAAAAAUAAUUUAUGGCAAAAAUAUACGUACGUAUACUAAACAAAAAUGAAUGUAAAUUAUAAAAUUCGUAAAGACAUGUAAAGUAUUUAGCACACAAAGCAUGAUUAUCCAAAGAUAAAUCUUAAAAUUAGCUGUAAAAAGGAAAGAAAAAAAUACACUAAUAUUAAUUUCGAAAAUAUAUAAAAACACCCCAUUUACUAUAUAGUUAUUUAAACCAAAUUUAAAAACAAAACAAAAUUAUAUAAAUAAUAACAAUUCAAGCAUAAAAGCAUACAUUACGUCAUAACGAAGAGAAAAAAGCAAAAACAAAGAGCUCUAAGCCGCCUUUAAUUAGUUAUUUUUAUAAAAUUGAAUGAAAAACUAAAUCGAUAAAAAGAGAAGAAAAAACUCAAUUUCAAAAAUUUAUAUAUAAAAUAUUUGAAGCAAGGCAAACAAGAAACAAGUUUAGCGAAAAAUUAGUUUUACUAAACUCGAUAACUUUUUUGUGUAUAAACUUUAGGUUUUUUUUAUUUUACACUACAAGUGGAAAACGUGAAAAUGAUUUACGGCAAAAGCAAAUGAAAAUUGUAUGCCCCAGUAAUUAGCAAAAAAAAAAAACAAAAAUUAAGAAAAAGAAAAAGAAAAGCAAGCGAUAUGGUUAAAUUAAAAUAGGUAAGAAUUGACAUGAAAGUAAGAAGUAAAUUAAAACACUUCUGCACUAACCAGUAAAAAUAAUUCUAAAGCCAAGCUAAAACAUUUAUAAGCUAAACUCGACCCGAGACUCCCCAGCUGGGAGUGGGCGUGGCUAUUUAACUAGUUUCGUAGCAAUUCGGCAGGCAUUCCAAAUGCUUUCGGCCAACUUUUGGGAUGAAUUUCAACCAGAUACCGUGAUGAGAGCAUGUUGAACUGGUAUCCUGAAUAUGAGUCGAAGCAGGAGAUCGAACCAGAAUUUCCUUAGAGAAAUUGAAAAUAUAGAAACCCAGCAGAACAGGGCUAGCAGAUAACAGGGAAGGAUAUGCGGAGAGCAUAUGCUUCAAAGGAAAUCAAGAAGAAAUUGUAAACAGCUAAUAAUAAAAUCGAAAAGUAAAA